CGCUGCCGCCGCCCGACCUGAAUUGAAAAGCAAGAGAGGCCUCGCCUCCUCUCCGGCCGCUCCGCCUUUCCGCCCCCGUCUACCCCAACCUGGCCAGUAGCCUUGCUUUUGAGCCGUCUCCUUUUAAGACCCGAGCUUCUAACCUUAUAUCCCGCGCCGGAAGCGGAGCGGCGCCUUCAUUUCAGCUUUUCAGUGUGAAAAGGUGUGUUUCCACCCGCGCUCUUGCAGGGGGCGGCUGGAGUUCUAGAGUGCGCGGCGCCGGGCUAUGGAGAAAGCUCCGCGGCUGGCCUGGCGGGGCUCAGCGCCGGUUUAACUUGAAGAAUUCAACUAGAGAAGAGCAGAUGGUGAGAGUUACCUCAUGUUAUCUACUGCUGUCCCUUUUGCCCUGCUGUGAUGGAUGAAUGGAAGCCUAACGCACAACCCAAGCCGUGGAAGAAACGCAGCUGGUACCUGGCCUGGAAGUACAAGUUGACAAAUCAGAGGGCACUCAGAAGAGUGUGUCAGAUGGGGGCAGUCCUUUUCUUGCUGGUAACUGUUAUUGUGAACAUAAAGUUGAUCUUGGACACUAGAAGAGCAGCUAGUGAAGAAGAAGAAUCAGCUCAGGAUUAUGAUGAAAGUUUGCAGAAGCUAGAGAUCCCUCGGCGGCCUAUCAAUAGCAGAAAAGUUCUGGACAUUGAGGUCUAUUCCAGUCGAUCCAAGGUUUAUGUUGCAGUUGAUGGGACCACGGUUUUAGAAGACGAAGCCCGGGAACAAGGCAGAGGCAUCCAUGUCAUUGUGUUAAAUCAGGCCACAGGCCAUGUGAUGGCAAAGCGAGUUUUUGACACAUAUUCUCCCCAUGAAGAUGAGGCCAUGGUUCUGUUCCUCAACAUGGUGGCCAAGGGUCGCAUCCUUAUUUUCACAAUUAAGGAUGAGGGCUCCUUCCACCUUAAAGACACAGCCAAGAAUCUUCUGAAGAGUUUAGGGAGCCAGAUUGCAGCUUCCCUCAGCUGGCGAGACAUGUGGACAUUUGUGGGGAAAAAAGGAGGUGAAGUCUAUGGCGAGAAGCAUGCCAAGUCUGCACUGCUCUCCUCAUGGGGAGAGCCAGUCUUACUGAAAACAGAAGUCCAAUUAACCUCUGUGGAAGAGGCAGAAUGCCAUUGGCCAGAUACUGAGUUGAAUCGGCGGCGAAAGCGUUUUUGCAGCAAAGUGGAAGGUUAUGGAAGUGUCUGCAGUUGUAAAGAUCCUACACCUAUAGAGUUCAAUCCUGAUCCACUAAAAGACAACAAAGUUUUUGAUGUACCUGUUGCUGUCAUUGCAGGGAACAGACCGAACUACCUGUACAGGAUGCUGCGGUCUCUUCUAUCAGCACAAGGGGUCAAUCCUCAAAUGAUAACAGUUUUUAUUGAUGGAUAUUAUGAGGAGCCAAUGGAUGUAGUUGAAUUAUUUGGCCUGAAGGGAAUCCAGCACACGCCCAUCAGCAUUAAAAAUGCAAGAGUCGCUCAGCACUACAAGGCCAGUUUGACGGCAACAUUCAACUUGCACCCGGAUGCAAAGUUUGCUGUGGUAUUGGAAGAAGACUUGGACAUUUCCAUUGAUUUCUUCAGCUUUCUAAGCCAGUCUAUCUAUUUGCUGGAAGAAGAUGACAGCUUGUAUUGCAUCUCUGCUUGGAAUGAUCAGGGAUACGAACAUACUGCUGAGGACCCUUCACUUCUGUAUCGUGUAGAGACCAUGCCAGGCCUGGGCUGGGUGCUAAGAAAGACUCUCUAUAAGGAUGAAUUGGAGCCCAAGUGGCCAACACCAGAGAAGCUUUGGGACUGGGACAUGUGGAUGCGCAUGCCAGAACAGCGGAAAGGCCGUGAAUGCCUCAUCCCAGACGUGUCCCGUUCGUAUCACUUUGGCAUUGUUGGCCUCAACAUGAAUGGCUACUUCCAUGAAGCCUAUUUCAAAAAGCACAAGUUCAACACAGUCCCCAAUGUACAGCUUAAGAAUGUGGAGAGUUUAAAGAAAGAUGCAUAUGAAAUUGAAGUUCAUCGUCUGCUCAGUGAGGCUGAAGUUCUGGAUCAUAGCAAAAAUCCUUGUGAGGAUUCUUUUGUCCCAGACACUGAAGGAAAAACCUACGUGAUGUACAUAAAGAUGGAGCAGGAGGCAGAUUUCACAACUUGGACUCAGCUUGCCAAGUGCCUCCACAUUUGGGAUCUGGAUGUCCGGGGGAAUCAUAAAGGACUAUGGCGGCUCUUUAGGAAAAAAAAUCACUUCUUGGUUGUAGGAGUCCCUGCCUCUCCAUAUUCAUUCAAAAAACCUUCUUCAGUGACCCCAAUCUACAUGGAACCCCCAGCCAAGGAUGAGGCAGCAGGAGCAGAGCAAACAUGAAGCAGAUCAUGGAAUGUUGACCAUAUUGCCUUCAUAGCCUGCAGAAUAGGAGGGAAGAGGAACAGUUAGAGCUCUCUGGAACUGGCUUUUCUCUGGAAGUUUUGAGAAGUAGGACAAGCCAAAGGGAGCUCUCUCCAUCCCUCAUCCUCAGGCUGCUGCUGAGAGUGGAUAAAUUGCCUUGGAAGAACAGGCGUCUUUAAUAUUUUUCUAAGCCACUGAAACAAUGCAGUUGUCUCAUUUUUAAUAUUGAUGCUUUACUAAUUGUGGGCCACUAUUUCCCCAAAUUGGGGUUGGGCCUGAGGGAGCUGUUUGAAAGGGAUUGAAUCCCUUUAGAAGCUCUUUCUACAUUGUGACCUGAGGAUAUAUAAUUUUUUUUUAAUUUAUUAGUUUGCUGCAGUGGUCAGCCACCUUCUGAAGGCUGUUUUCUUGCUUUAUAUUUUUGCUGGUUUUUGAGGUGAGUAAUAAUGACGGGAAUUGUUCCUGGAAAGCUUAUGGGCCAUACCUUAAACCCACAUACCACUGCCUGGCUAGUGACUUUAUGGCCAGUGGUUCACAUGUGCACAAAGAAGAGGUUUGUGGCCUUGGCUUUGUGAUCAAAGGAUGCAAGCUGCAAAAGAACUGCAUGUAUUUACUGUGUACUGAAUGUCCUGGUCACUCAGGCUCAGAAUUCCCUUUUUUCCUCUCUCAUCCUCUCCUCCCAUUGGGCAGAGAUGGCAUUGAAAGGUGGUCCCUUUCAAAGCAAUGGGUUCUAAGUUCCCAGGGGAUGUGCUUGGAUUCAGCUAAGGCAGUUGGUCUUGGUUGAAAUAUCUGAAAAGAUACAGGCUAGAUGGUUUGGUCACUUCCAUAAAAUGCCUGCAGGAAGAGCUAAGCAUCAGUAAAGAAGAAAAGUGCCUUGAGCGAGCACGUGCUGGCCUGGGAAGCUUUAGUGUUUACCAGUAUAUCAGGGUACAGAAGUAGUAAAUGAGUCAAAUUAAAUCUUACUUCCGAGUGAGGCUGGUCUGUAGGUUUCUGAAAACCAAACCCAGAAGUAGCCAGCCAUCAUAGGUCUUUCUACCACUAAUGACAACUCCACUUACUCUCUCUCCUGCGAUAUAACCCAUGUCCCUUCCUGUUAAAUGUGAGGUGCAGGUACUGAAGUAUUUUGCCCCCAAAGAAAAACCCAAAGGGACUUGUAUGCACCGAGGAAGGUUUUGAGACUAAGUCCUAAGAAAGGGCAACUCAGGACUCUGCUAGGUAGAUAAUCAGAGGUGAAAGGGUGUGGGGAGACAGAGGAAGAAGCAAUUCAGGGAUAAAGCAAAUCAUGGUUUCCUCUUGGAUAUCCUGAUGUCAGCGUUCCAAAUUAGGCUCUUUUCCAGCGCUGACAUGACACCUGUGCCUUAUGGAGAAGAGGGAAGGUUUUAGGUCUCAAAUGUGACUUUCAGUAUAUUCACACUAUGACUAGAUUAAGGGAAAAGGAAAUGAGCAUUCCCCUCAAGAGAACAAGUAGAUUCUAGUUUGAGGCCACCUUUCCUUCAUUUUGUUGAGUUACCUCUGUUUUCCUCUUUUUCCUCACUGUCCUCAAACCUGUGCAAUACCAGUAUGAGUUAAACAGCAAAUACCUUUUCCUAUCCAUAAGGCAGCUUGAAAACUUCUUGUUUUGAUUAGUUAACCAAUGCAUGGUUAUCCUUGAAACUCAGGCUCCUACUUAUUCUAGAGCCCAAGGGUUUCUGUGCUUGAAUGAGACCUCAAAUGGAACAUAUGACCUAACACUGUCCUAAAUAUAUUUGCAAAGGUCAUUGUCUGCUGCGUCCCUACAGUUUUCAUUGGCAAAGGAAUAGUUCAUGCGAGGAUUUCUGCCGACAAAAAUUGUGGUCCUCUUUGCCCUAUCAUUCUUGGUGGAUGAUGGUUUUCCAUUUGUAAGAUGAAUGUGAACUCCAGUGUGAGAGUACAACAGUGCUGCUUUUGCUCUGCCUUGACUUCAUUUCCUGCCCUGUUAUGUGAAGGAGAAAUGGCUUUUUCUAAAGAAACACAGAAGAGACAUAACUUACUAAGAUUCCUGACAAGGAUGUUGCUUGGUGUGUUUUAAGUAUGCAAAUGUGCAUCAGAAAAACAAAAUGUUCUGUGCAAAUGCAGGGGUAUGAAAUAACUCUCAUUCUGGAGCCACAAGCACUUAGAUCAUUCUGUGGAACUUGGCAUAUAACUUCCUUUUUGGGCUCGUGUAGUCUCUCAAAGCUGGUUCUGUUAAUGGGGAGUAACUUCUACAUUUAGGGCUGAGGAGUCAACAACUUGAAUUUACACCUUUUAGGAAGUAUGCUGUGAUUUUUUCCCCCUUAUUUAUUUGGCCACUGGGACUGAUAAAAACAAUCAGUUCCUUGAUUUAUAUGGUGGUUCAACCCUUAAUAUUGGGGAUAGAGACUCCAUAUCAGGAACAGUCCUAAAGGCUAUUUUCGGGGGGCAGGAGCAGAAAGAGAUUUAAUAGAUUUGUUACCAAGUGAAUGUCAAAUCAAUGCAUGGCCCUCUUCUAUUUGUAGAUGUAAAUUCGGAUUUAUUAUUAGGGUCUUCAAAAUCCUUGAUUUUGAAAGAAGGACUAGGCUACAUUUGGGGGAGGUGAGAUUCAGGAACAGACUUCUGGUCUGUGCUAAUCCUUAAUGUGUUGUGUUCUCCCUACCUUCACAGCUCUAAUUUCCGUUGUCCCUUAAAUCCCUUAAAUCCUUGGUAGAGAAGAGCACAUACCACUUCCUUCUAUUGCAAUUUCAUAGUAGAAAGGCCAUUCUUGCAAAUCUGGAAACCCUGCUCACUUUAUAUAAUACUUCAACUGGAGUGGUGGAGGCCCUUACACUUCCAAGGUCCAUCUCUUUCAGAACUGCAUUUUCUAUACAGUGAUUCAAGGUUACUUUGUUAAGACACAACCAUAUUGUUUUAUCAGGUCCAACUUUUGCCCUGUCUAGCCAAGUGUAGGAAUACCUGACAGUGAUGAAAUGCUAUGGAAAGGAAGGUUACUUCGAUGCAACAUUUAUGAGAACUUUAUUAAAUAGUUUUUGAUAUGUUUUUGGGGGGGGCAAUAAAAUGCUAGAGAUGAUAAUUCUUCUCAAGGCCAGUUCAGCCAUGAAGGUAAAGGCAAAAGUCUAGAGAUCCAUAAAUGCCUUGCACUUCAUUCAUCAAAAGGCAGUUGACUAGAGUGAUUAGAUCUAGAAGAUCUACUUGUAUUAAAGAAAAAUAUUUGCCCCUUCUAAGUAAUGUAUAGCCAAGAAGAAAUAGUUGACAGCAGGGGAAGAAAAUGGCAUGAAUGUUUAUACUGAUUUUAUUUUCCUUUCAUCUAAUCGUUUUUAAAAAAUCUUAGAAUUGUUCUUUUUCUUACCAAAAAUAUAAAAUUCCCUGAAGAUGUUUACAUCUGAUGCUUCUGUUAUAUCAACGUAGGGUUUGGAGAAAAAAGAGCAGUAUUCAUCUCCUUGGUUGAAAUGAGAUUUUUGUCCUCAUCAAACAACAAAUAAAUCUAGGGGAUCUGAUAUGUCUAGUGCCAUUCUUUACAGACUACACUAUGCAGAAAAUGGCAAUUGAAUUUUCUCUCCUAUUUCCUUGUGCUUAUACACUCAUUCUGGCUAGCCACUCUUAAAGACGGAAUAAUAUAAAAGUAAAUGAAAUUACUUGUAGUCUACAAGGCAAUAACUAUUAGCUCCUUAAAACAAUUGAGGUGUGUAUGGAGAGAGUGAAAUAACCAAAUGAUUGUCCUUUUUGAGAUUUUGUUUAAAUUUGAACUAUUGCAAAACACCUAGCAGUUUUCAGGCAUGCCUGAAACAAUGGGAUAUAUUCAGAUAUUGCUGGAUUGUCUGUCAUUUUGUAUAAGAUCUUGUGGCCUAAGCUGCUUAUCAGGUCCAAUCUUCCCCCAUUCUGCAUACAAUUAUGCUUCACUCCAUACUUGCAACAUCAAAACUGGUGUUAUAGUCCUCUGAAUAGAUUCCAUCUGGGCUAGAUUUACUCUUGCUACCCUUUUUUCUAUUGUUAAUUUCUCUCUCUCUCUCUACCUCCUUCUCCCUCUCCCUUUCUGUUUCUCUCUCCCUCUCUCCUUUAUUUCCCCCUUUCUGUUGUCCAACUUAAGCAAAGUAUUUGUGGCCUGAGUGCUUCUGGUUUGUGGGCAGGCAUCUCGUCUUGCAUGCAGUCAGGGAGGGAAGAGAGGUUGAGAGAAACUGGGCUGGCUGCUUUUUGGUAUCUCAUGUGCCUGUGUUUUCCAAAAAUAAAGAUGCAAAAAAGAAUUGUUGCAUCUCCUGUCUUUUACAUCUCUAUGCAUGGUGAUGUCUUUUCCUGCAAAUAAAGGCUGUCCUUUUUUAGAA